AUGUCCGGCAUCAGCAACGAGCUCUCAGAUGACCUCGGAAUCCCUUUCGAUACAGGCGAUUCCAAAUCGACUUCCUCAAAUACCCCUCAGCAACAGCCAUCUGAUGGAUUGGAAUGUGCCAUACAGACCCUCUACGAAGGUCCUCCCAAGUGUCCGUGCUGUAAGAACUGGGUAGAGCAGUAUCCCCAAGACCUGGGUGAAUCAGUCGAGGAGCAGGCGGUGAUCAAACAGAAAGCCUUCAUCAAACGCAUGCGAAAGGGCCACGAUGAGGGCAGGCCCUUAAUUCUCGACUCCAUCGUGGUGCAAAGCACAUCUUUGAAAGAGACUUUGGGAGAGGUUUUCGAGGGAUAUAAGGGUAUCACACCAUCAUUGCAGAAAGUUGUGUUCAGGUCGCCCUGCCGACCCUUUUACCAUCGUUGGGGAGCUUUUACGGAAAUCGUCGAGCGCCAAAAGCGCGACAAUGAUGAAGCCGCGGCUUAUUCUGUCCUUCUCUAUGACGAACUGAAAAAGGAGCUGGGUGAUGUCAUGUCCGAAAUCAAAGAUCACCUCCACCAUGGCGUUAUCACAUACAACUUGCUCUGGGCCCUCUUUGAACCUGGUGCUCUCAUCGUCGCCCCCGAAGGGGAGCAAGAGCGGUUCUAUAUCGUCGAGAGCUGUCAUUACAAUCCAGGGAACAGAUAUAUUACCAUCAUUGUCAACUUCGUGGACUGGGAUGGGAAGGGGUUUGGCUACGCGAAAUCGAUAGUCAACAUCCCCCAGUACGACGGGACCCAAUCUUUGACUAGUUUGAGUGCAUACCCAGCACGUCUUCACCCGGCCCAAGACGAGGCUCGAGCCAAAGCCAUCAACCGUGGUCGAGAAUUUCAGAGGCUGUGCGGUUUUCAAUACAAGGCAUACUCGGGGUCUGUAUGGACUCGGAUUGGUGGAAGGGAUUUCGAGCGAAAUAUUGAUGGACGCGUCAUUGUGGACGCUUUGUCAUAUUUCAACGCAAACCCCCACGAACGACCGUCCCUGAGUGGCCUGGGCUCCGAUUCAAUCGCACCAAAAAUAGACCUCAAUGAAGACCACCAUUUCGAGAAUAUCUGGGGUGCCGGCACCGCUAGGACACAAAUGUAUGAAGGUCGAAUUCCAGAAAGAGAUCCAGAGAGGAUCAGGCAUAUAAACGUCCAAAAUGCGGAGUCUCUGGUGGAAAUGAAGGAUGCCGAGCCUUGCAAGUGA